AUGUCAGAAUCGAAGUAUUUCGUGAACCAAAGCAGUGUGUUCAGUGAACUUGUAGAUGACGAAGAUAAUUACAACGACGAAGUUUCAUCGGACGGUGGCAGUAGUACAUCGUAUAGCGAUACAGAGCCUGAAUUGCAGGAUUUCGAAAGUGAUGUGUUCUCUGGAUUGGAUUCGGACGAGGACGACAUAAACGAUAGAAAUCAGAUUAUCUCUGAACGUAGAUGGGGGUAUAUACCACGUAAAGUCGAUCCAGACAAAUUUUCAAAUGUAUCGCGAACUGGUACUUUAACUAGAAAAAGCGAAAACAUUAAUUCCCUUAAAGAAUCCUUUCACCUUUUCAUUGACGCCGAAAUCAUUGACAUCAUUGUCACGCAUACGAAUAAAAAAGCUGAACAAUCGUACAGUAAACACUCACAGAAACAAUGGGAACCGGUAGACCGCAUCGAGAUAAAUGCUUUUUUCGGGCUUUUAUUGAUUAUCGGACGAUUCAGGGAAUCGAACGAAACCAAGGACUUUUUAUGGAUGAAAAAUAAUGCGCUUUCAAGGCAGAUUUAUACGGCGGUAAUGUCUUGCGAUAGAUUUAAGGAUAUUUUUAGAUAUAUAAGAUUCGACGACGCGACCACGAGAGUAGAGAGAAAAAUGACCGAUAAAUUGGCACCGCUGCGGGAUGUCACUAAUAUUUUUGCAGAAAAUUGUAGAGAAUCUUACGAAGCGACAAGUGCAGGCACAGUGGACGAGCAAUUGGUCACUUUUCGCGGACGAUGUCCAUUCAAAGUUUGUAUGCCCGAUAAACCUGGGAAAUAUGGAAUUAAAUUAUGCACGCUUUGCGACGCCCUGACCUAUUAUUGUUGUAAUUUCGAUGUUCAUUUGGUAAAAAUAAGUAACGUUGCCGACAAAAAUCAAGGUCAACAUGUAGUUAAAGAACUCACUGAUUUCUGGAGGGAAUCCGGGCGUACUAUCACGACGGACAAUUCCUUUACAGAUAUCACUUUGGCCGAAGACUUGUUGCGAAAUAAAAUUUUUCUCGUAGGAACGGUACGCAAAGAUAGAAAAGAUCUACCAAAGUCAAUGGUUCAUACGUACUCGAGGCAACGAUUUUCGUGCGAUUGUUUAUACACGACUAACCUCACACUCGUAUCGUACGUACCGAAACCUCGAAAAUGUAUCGUACUUUUAUCGAGUUCAAGCUAUCAUAACGAACAUAGCGUCUCUGGACCCGAAGAUAACUACAAGCCUAAAAUCAUUUCGUACUAUAAUUCUACCAAAAAUAGCGUAGAUAGACUUAGCAGAUUAUUACGAGAAUACUCGUGUCGAAGAGCCACGAGACGUUGGCCAUUGUCACUGUUUCUGAAUUACGUUGAUAUGGCUGCUUAUAACGCUUUCGUCGUAUGGGUCACGAAGCAUCCUACUUGGGAGUGUCACAGGUCUAUAAAAAAAAGAAGGGUCAUAUUUCUCGAGAAAUUAGCAAACGAAUUAUACGCGCGAAAUAUCGACAGACGUGCCACCGAUUUCGAAAAUCGAAAUAUAGUAGUUCCUAGGCACGUUGUUAACGCUAUUGAAAGUACAGGUAGAAAAUUGAAAAGAAAAGAAAUGACCUUGGACUACCGAAAACGUUCGAGGUGUUACAUAUGCGUCGGAAACGAUAAUAAAUAUAGUACCAGAUGCGAUGCAUGUUUACAAUUUAUUUGUAGUACUCACUCAAACAUUGAGAAACAUGCUACUUGUGUACAUUGUACAUUAUUUGAAUAA